ACAAUUGUUUUAUAACUUAUAACUUCGAUGCGGAUUCUCUCCAAUAAUCCCCGUAUUACUUAGCAACAAUGUCGCGCUCAUCACACAAGGAAGAUUUCUUUCAAACCACUGCGUCGAUAGAAGAAAGUGGCCGUCGAGCAGCCAAGGCUAAAAAUGAGCAUGGUAAGCCCAUCAGACUGCAAAGUAAAAUCCUAGCCGUCGCAGAAGAUCCAUAUAGUGCGGGAUCUGUUUAUGUUGCCGAAAGCGCGGGCUCAGUAAGGAAAGUUGCCUUGGAAACUGGUGAGACCUUAGCUCUCUACAGAGGUCCGACGGCUCCCUUGACAAGCAUUGCGUUCAGUCCCGAUGGCAAGUUGCUUUUUGCUGGCUGCUGGGACAAGACUGUAUGGAGCUGGGGUCUUCAAUCAAAACAGUCUGGUCAAAAGUAUGACGGCCAUUCGGAUUUCGUGAAAGCUGUAACAUGUGCUCGAAUCAACGAUGGCCGACAUGUUCUGAUUUCGGGAGGAGCGGACUCGAAAAUAAUCAUCUUUGACAUCGCCAAUGGCGAGAAACUGCACGUUUUCAAGGAUCACUCAAUGGGCAUCCAGGACCUCCGUAUCGACCCUAUUACUCUACAAGAAGGUUCAUUGAGUAUUGAUCUAUUUUCGGCUGGAAGUGACAGAGAAAUCAGACAGUUCUCGAUAUUAUCAUCUGGCAAUGCCACGGCUAGUGCAGCUAACCCACUCAUCGCCCAUGAAACGAGUGUUUACAAAUUACAUUUUGAUGAAGAUGGCGAUCUAUGGACUGCUUCAGCCGAUAAAUACGCAAAAUGCCUGACACGAGACAGUGGCUGGCAGCCGAAUCUGGCUCUUGAGCAUCCCGAUUUUGUGCGAGAUGUGGUCGUGUAUGAGCAAGGCGGCUGGGUCGUUACGGCAUGUCGAGACGAAGAGAUUCGAGUUUGGAAUAAGGCGACUGGAGAGCUUUAUCACACAUAUACCGGUCAUUUUGAAGAAGUGACGGGCUUGGUAUUGGUCGGAAACACCGUUGUCAGCGUCAGCAUCGACGCGACUGUUCGACAAUGGAGUCUGCAUCCUUCUGAAUUACAAAAGGCUAAGGAAGAAGCACUGAACAAGAAAAAUACAGCAGAAGAGCCACCAAAACAGGAAUCGAUGCUCACAGAAGAGGAGGAGCGGGAGCUGGCAGAGCUAAUGGGAGAGGACGAGUGAUGAGAUUAAGCGUGAAUUUAAAUUAUGCUCAACUCUCAACUACACCUUGAUGACACUCCAUUUAAUCGGUUCCUAGCUGUUACCAGUGUAUCAUGAUUCAUACAUAGAAAUGCAUCACGUGACUCUUCAUCACCUGCGGGCGUCAUCGCUGUUUGCAGCCAAAACAUCAUCUGAUCCCAUUCCUAGACACAAAGCUAGCCAUUACUGUGAAGAGGUCAAUCUCGGGUGCAAAGUUAUUGUAUACGGGCAUUUUACAUCAUCCUUAUUCUUGCGCUCGG